AUGGCGGUGACCUUCACAGUGUUGGCAGUGACCUUCACAACAGAGAGCCUGGGGAGAGCUGAGGGCAAGUUUGUUCUGCCCCCACCCAGAGCUGUGUGUCGAGGUCGAGUGGUACAGGUCCCCGCGGGGGCCCUGGUCCGAGUGGUGGGCACUGAGCUGGUCAUCCCCUGCAACGUCAGCGACUACGAUGGCCCCAGCGAGCAGAACUUUGACUGGAGCUUCUCGUCCCCUGGUGGCAGCGGCGGCUUCGUGGAGCUGGCCAGCACGUGGGAGGCGGGCUUCCCCGCACAGCCCUACCGGGAGCGGCUGCGGACCGGCCAGGUGGUGCUGAGGAGGACGGCCAACGACGCCGUGGAGCUGCACAUCAAGAACGUCCAGCCAUCAGACCAGGGCCUGUAUAAGUGUUCCACACCCAGCACGGACGCCACAGUCCAGGGCAACUAUGAGGACACGGUGCAGGUUAAAGUGCUGGCUGACGCCCUGAGGGUGGGCCCCACGGAGCGGCCCGCACCCAGCUUGAGCCUGCGGGAGGGAGAGCCCGUGGAGCUGCGGUGCGCGGCCUCCUCGUCCCCGACCCCCGCGCCUGAGGCCUCACCUUCGGGCGCCGUGCGCCUGGGCACCGACGGCGCCGAUGGCUUCCGCCUGGCGCUGGACCCCGCGCUGGCCGCCGACCAGGGCGCCUACUGGUGUGUGGUGGGCGAGUGGAUUGCAGAGCAUGGCGCCUGGCAGGAGAUCCAGGAAAAGGCAGUGGAGGUGGCGGCCGUGGUGAUCCGGCCCACAGUGCUGCGUGCUGCCGUGGCCCGGAACGUGUCGGUGGCCGAGGGGACGGACCUGGACCUGGCCUGCAACAUCAGCACGGACCGCGCCGACGACGUGCGCCCCGAGGUGGCCUGGUACUUCAGCCGCUUGCCCGAUGGCGCCCUGCCCGCCUCCCGCAUGCUGGCCCAGCUGGACCGCACCUCCCUGGUGCACAGCGCACCUGGUGUGGCUCUGAGUCACACGGACAUGCGGUCCUACCACCUCCUCGUGCGGGACGUGAGCAGGGACAGUGCCGGCUACUACUUCUGCCAGGUGGCGCUCUGGACCCUGGGACACAACCGGAGCUGGCACAAGGUGGCGGAGGCCAGGUCUGCGCCGGCCAGUGUGGACGUCACAUGGCUGGAGCCAGACUUCCAGGUGUUCCUGAACGCCUCCCGCAUGCCUGCGUUUGCAGACGACCCAACAGAACUGGAGUGCCGGGUGGUGGAUGUGCGGCACGCGGAGGCCCGCGUGCGGCUGGCAGUGUCGUGGUACUACCGGCUGAGCCGGCGCAGUGACGAUGCGGUAGCCAGCGAGCUCCUGGCCGUCAUGGACGGGGACUGGACACUGCGAUAUGGAGAGAGAAGCAAGCGCCGGGCCCGGGACGGAGAGUUUAUUUUUUCAAAGGAGCACACGGACACGUUCAGUUUCCGGAUCCAAAGGACAACGGAGGGCGACAGGGGCAAUUAUUUCUGCGUUGUGUCUGCCUGGACGCGGCAGCCCAACAACAGUUGGGUGAAGAGCAAAGAUGUCUUCUCCAAACCUGUCAGCAUUUUCUGGGCGGCAGAAGAUUCUGUGCUGGUGGUGAAGGCCCAGCAGCCCAAGCCCCUGUUCACAGCAGGGAGCACGUUUGAGAUGACCUGCAAGGUGUCCUCCCGGAACGUGAAGUCCCCCCGCUACUCGGUGGCCAUCACAGCAGAGAAGACGGCCACAGCCGGCCCGGGACCCAAUGAGACCCGGUGCAUGGUCUCCCUGGACCAGGAUGCGGUGGUGAGGCCAGGGAACUGGACGGAUGCUGCACGGGCGCAGGGCGUGGUGCUGGAGAAGGUACAGGAAGACGAGUUUCGCUACCGAAUGUACCAGACUCAGGUGUCGGAUGCCGGGCUGUACCGCUGCGUGGUGACUGCCUGGGCGCCGGUCGGGGGCAGCCUGUGGCGGGAGGCGGCCACUAGCCGCUCCAACCCCAUCGAGAUCGACUUCCAGACCUCAGGUCCAGUGUUCAAUGCCUCCGUGCACUCAGACACACCCUCUGUCACCCGUGGCCAGCCUAUCAAGGUCUUCUGCAUCCUGACCGUGGAGGGCGCCAUGCUGGACCCAGACUCCAUGGCCUUCGACGUGGUCUGGUUUGCCGUACACUCCUUUGGUCUGGACGAGGACCCGGUGCUGCUGUCCACGCUGGACCGGAAGGGGAUCGUCACCACAGCCCCACGCCACGGGAAGAGUGGCCUGAGCCUGGAGCGUGUGGGUGCGCUGGAGUUCCUGUUACAGGUGCAUGACUCCGAGGACCAUGACUUCGGCAACUACUUUUGUGCCGUGACACCAUGGGUGAAGUCACCGACAGGUUCCUGGCAGAAGGAGGCAGAGAUUCACUCCAAGCCUGUCUUUAUAACCGUGAAGAUGGACGUGCUGACCGCCUUCAAGUACCCGCUCCUCAUCGGCGUGGGGCUGUCCACCGUGGUCGGCCUCCUGUCCUGCCUCAUCGGCUACUGCAGCGCCCACUGGUGUUGCAGGAAGGAAGUGCAGGAGACGCGGCGGGAGCGUCGUCGACUUAUGUCCAUGGAAAUGGAUUAGACGCCCAGAUGGAGCCUUCCAGAACAUUCCAGGGACAGUGGGGUGAGAAGAUGGACUAGACGCCCAGCCAGAGCCUUCCAGAAUGUUCCAGGACAGUAGGGUGAGGCGAUGGACUGAACGCCCAGCUGAGCCAUCCAGAAUGUUCCAGGGAUGGUGGGUGAGGACAGAAACAUUUGGAAAUGAAAUAUCACACUAGAACCCAGUCCUCUCUAUCUCAGGUGGGAGUUUGCGCUCUCCUUUUGGCAUGUCAUGAGCGCGGACAUGUUUACCUUGACACUGCUCCCUCCCACAGCACUUUCUGCUCUAGAACAAUCUCGAGUGUGUGCUCUUUCCUGACUGCGGCUUUUUAAUGGUUAAACCUUUGCCUAAAUUUUUUUUUUCUCCUCUUACAGAUCUCCGAGUGUGUGUGUGUAUGUGUGUGUGUUGGUGACUUUGGUGGGCAGGGUUGCAGGGAGGCUCCGGCAGUGGCAUGCAGUUCUCCACGGCGGGUGUGAACCGGGCCUGUGUCCAUGCUGGUCCUGGGUUAAGGGACUGCUCACCACUCUCCCUCUGCCCUGGCCUUGAGGUGACAUGGGCCUGGGCUGAAGGCUCUUGUGGAUUUUACAACCCUGCCACACGCCUUGUUUUUUUGGGGGGAGGGUGUGGUUGUCUACAUUUGAAAUCUAAAUUUGGAGCAUAUAACUCUCCUUGAGCCCAAAUGCAUUUCACUUUCUUUUUUCUUUUGGGCCUUUCCCAAUUGUGUUGGUUUCUGUGGGAAUGAUGAGAUGGUAGCCUUGGGGUCUGGAUUUGGACUCCACCGAGCACCUUAGCUCACCACCUUAGCCUUAAGAAUGAGAAUGAACCAGAACACAGUAUCACCUCUGCCCGAGCCAGUUAUGAGGGAGGGGCAGGGCCGGAGGGGGAGGGGGAAGCAGGAAGCAUGCUGGGAGGCUGCUGGGCCUGGCAGGAGCCCUGGGGCCGGGGCGGGAGUGCUUCUGGACAGGGCUUUCUGUAGCCCAGGCUGGGGGAGGCUGAGGAGGGCCCCCUCUGCUCCUGCCCCAUGCGCGGCACUGGAGAUGGGGAGACACACAGG